AUGGUGAUGAGGAUCCUGUGGCGUUGGCUUCCCCUCACCGCACUGGGUGGCCUCACCUGGGCCAACCGCUGCCGGGAGGGAGUGCGCCCGCCAGUGGCGCAACAGCUCUUGGACGAGCUCUUCCUUGGGAAUGAUCCGAUGCUUGACUUCGAAUAUGAGGACCUUGUUCCUGAUACCAGUAUGACGCAUAUGUCUGCCAAAGAUGUGGACCUGGUGCUGUCAGUGGCGAAACCCAGCUUUUGGCUCGAGCUCGGCAGCUUUGAGGGCGGCUCUGCCAUCGUGGCCAGCGAGCGGAUUUUGGCACAUGGACUUAACACAUCAGUGGUCGCCGUCGACACCUUCUUGGGCGAUGUGCGUGUCUUGUGGGAGCGGCCCCCGGAGGAGCGCCGGAAACUGCUCCGCGCCGAUGGCCGGAUCACGCUCUUUGACCGCCCGGGACGUCCGGAUUUGGCGGUGGGCGGUGUUGAGUUACAAAAGAUCCAGACUCCAGACUGA